GGUCUUUUGCCGGAAAUGAUUCCCCUACGACCUUUAAAACAUCACAGCUCAGGAUCUGAGUUCGGGUUAGGCUCAACCAACUAAAAGCUUCUUUAUUGGGGGGAGUGAGGGAAGAAAGGUGCGUUAACUAAAUUUCCAGUUGCCGAGGUUGUUGCGAAAUUUAACGAAAGACUUUGUAAGCUGCGAAGAGUUACUAAAAAAGAACAAAUCUGCUCCUCUUUGAGGAUGCUACGAUGCAAUCGUGGCUCCUAUCAAGUGAGUUUCCACGGAGCUGAGCUGCGGGAGCCCCGAGUGCUUCUCCGCUGGCUCCUCCCCCGUCACACCGGCCCGGGAUCGGCGGAGGCUCGGGCGCCGGGUCUCUCCAGCCCGCAGUCGGCCGCGGGUGAAAUCCCUUGCGGAGGCGGGGCAGGCCCCGGCCGCCCAGUUCCUGAUUCUAUAACCGGUGUCUGAGGCUGGCGGCGCCACAGGCUCGGGGACCGUGGGCCGCGAAGGAUGGGCCCGCGCGGCGCUGCGAGCCUGCCCCGAGGCCCCAGCCCGCGGCGGCCGCUCCUCCCCGGCGUCCUCCCCUUGCUGCUGCGGCUGCUACUGCUGCCGUCCCGGCCGGGCGCAGGAGCCGGGGCCGACCGGCCGCCGCAUCUCGUCUUCGUGUUGGCGGACGACCUGGGCUGGAACGACGUGAGCUUCCACGGCUCGAAUAUCCGCACGCCGCACCUGGACAAGCUGGCAGCCGGCGGGGUGCUCCUGGACAACUACUACACGCAACCGCUGUGCACGCCAUCGCGGAGCCAGCUGCUCACCGGCCGCUACCAGAUCCACACAGGUUUACAACACCAAAUAAUCUGGCCCUGUCAGCCCAGCUGUGUCCCUCUGGAUGAAAAACUCCUGCCCCAGCUUCUAAAAGAAGCAGGCUACACUACCCAUAUGGUCGGAAAAUGGCACCUGGGAAUGUACCGGAAAGAAUGUCUUCCAACCCGCCGAGGAUUUGAUACUUACUUUGGAUAUCUCUUAGGUAGUGAAGAUUACUAUUCCCAUGAGCGCUGUGCAUUAAUUGACAGUCUGAAUGUCACACGAUGUGCUCUUGAUUUUCGAGAUGGGGAACAGGUUGCAACAGGAUAUAAAAAUAUGUAUUCGACAAACAUAUUUACUGAAAGAGCUACAGCCCUCAUAACUAGCCAUCCACCCGAGAAGCCUCUGUUUCUCUACCUUGCUCUUCAGUCUGUCCAUGAACCCCUUCAGGUCCCUGAGGAGUACCUGAAACCCUACGACUUUAUCCAAGAUAAGAAUAGGCAUUACUAUGCAGGAAUGGUGUCUCUUAUGGAUGAAGCAGUGGGAAAUGUCACGGCAGCCUUAAAAAGCCACGGGCUCUGGAACAACACGGUGUUCAUCUUCUCCACAGAUAAUGGAGGACAGACAUUGGCAGGGGGCAAUAACUGGCCCCUUCGAGGAAGAAAAUGGAGCCUGUGGGAAGGAGGCAUUCGAGGAGUGGGCUUUGUGGCAAGCCCCUUGCUGAAGCAGAAGGGUGUGAAGAACCGGGAGCUCAUCCACAUUUCUGACUGGUUGCCGACUCUCGUGAAGCUGGCCAGGGGAAGCACAAAAGGCACCAAGCCUCUGGAUGGCUUUGAUGUGUGGAAAACCAUCAGUGAAGGAAGCCCAUCCCCCAGAAAGGAGCUGCUGCAUAAUAUCGACCCAAACUUUGUGGAUAUUUCACCGUGUCCUGGGAAAAGCCUGGCACCAGCAAAGGAUGAUUCUUCUCAUCCAGCGUAUUUAGCCUUCAACACAUCUCUGCAUGCUGCAAUUAGACACGGGAACUGGAAACUCCUCACCGGCUACCCAGGCUGUGGCUGUUGGUUUCCUCCGCCGUCUCCAUACAACGAUUCUGCGAUACCCUCAUCAGACCCACCGACCAAGACCCUCUGGCUCUUUGAUAUUGAUCAGGACCCAGAAGAAAGACAUGACCUGUCAAGAGACUAUCCCCAUAUUGUCGAGCAGCUCCUUUCCCGCCUGCAGCUCUACCACAAACGUUCAGUGCCUGUGCAUUUCCCGGCACAGGACCCCCGCUGUGACCCCAAGGGCACUGGGGCCUGGGGCCCGUGGGUAUAGGACUUCUGGCAGCCUGGGGGAGCCAGACCACCUUUUCUGUCACAAGUUAGACUUCAGGCCUUUACUCCUGUAUCUCGUGUCUCUCCCAGCCUGGGUUCGCCUGGUCCUUCUCUUGUUUCUGAACCACACUGAGGAGUCUCAUUUCAAACCCCAGUGCAUAUAAGAAGCUGAUAAAACCUGGAACAGUCCUGUUGUUGGCUGGGGUGUGUGUCUAGAGGAGAGGGGGGCUGAGUUCAACCCCUUUUUCCUGAGUGUGGGACAGCUGGGAGCUUGACUUGAAAUAGGAAGUUCUCGUUGAGUCCUAGAGGCUGGAGCAGCUGGCUCUUUUUGCCUCACAAGUCAGAUGUUACAUUUCCCCCUGCCAAUAGCUGGGUUUUAUUGGAGUGCCUCAUGUUUCUUGUACCAAAUGUGGGGAGCAGACAGUUUUUAAUGGUCCUGUUGGCCAGGGGAUCUCCCUGUCUGCGAGAUAUCAUGUGCAGGCAUUCCGUGUGAAUAACCCCCCUGGCUCACCCCUCACUCCGUCACUCAUCUCGUCAUGGAGCAUAAGGCCCAUUUCAUAGUUACGGUCAGCAUGGCAAUAUGCCUGCUUCUUGAUUUGGGUUAUUACAGUAAAGAAAUGUGUUUUUAUCCCCAGUUUUCUUUUUUUUUUUCCUAGCCACUACUCAUUUCGUCUAGACUUCCUGCUACCCCCUCUCCCCUGUGGUUCUUUUCCUAACCUCCCUUUGACUCAGGCAUCCUGUGCCCGGGAAGGCUGCCUUGCCUCUCCACGCUGAGCACCAUCGGUUUGGGGAUCUCUGCUGGGGCCUGCCUUCCUCUUGCCUCCACUACCGGAGCUGGAGCCCUGCCCAGAGAAGGUGGUCACAUCUGGCUCUGCAUGCAUGCUCGUGGUGGACACGAAGGGGCCGGGUGGGUGAUGCGUGGCUCUGUGUCAUCUGUUUGCUGAAGACUAUUCUAAGUUGCAUGGGAUUAAUUAUGAAUGUGGCUGUGUCUCAUAAUAUAUUAAGAGUUGCAUGCUAUUCCCUAGCUAGGAGGAGAAACCCCGGGAAACGGUCGUUUUGUCCCGGGGUGAUGGAGGGGGGCAGUUUGAAAGGAAAUGGCCAGCAUCUGAGAUCCUGGGCCUCAGUGAAGCAAAGGACGGCACGUCCACCUUUCCCUAUUCUCAGUCUUACUGCUUGUAUUGAGGUUCUGGGGUUGGGGAAACAGGAUGAGGUUUUACUUACCGGCCCUUUCUCAGUCUCGUGAAAGUCCUGCUAAUGCAGAUCAGGACAGAGGCGCUCUGAAGAAUGUCAGACUCUGAAAAAUAUGUGCCAAAACUCUACUCUUUUUUCCAUUAGCGGGACUCUUUGGUUCACUGGUGUCCCCACUGCCUGGACCGGUGCCUGUUACAUAGAAGGCGGUCAAUACUUUUUUUUUGUUUUUAAUGAAUGAAUGGACAGUUGAACAAAUGAGAGAGCGGCACACCGUUAAAAAUCCAGUGAGCUAAAUACAGGUUUAGAGUAAAUAUCCUCCAACUGUUGCUUUUCUGUUCCCAAGCUGCCCUCCUGGGGUAGGAGCAUCGUCUGCAGAUCUGGACAGUCAGAGGACGCUCCAAAGUGAAGCCAUAAUACCCUCUCCAGGAGGGAAACGGGGAAGCAUGCCUGCCGAAGAUACACUUUUGGCAAUAACCCUCAGUUCUGUUCUUCAUAGGACUCUAGAAACUAAAACCAGCAAAUAAUAUGCUAUAGGUCCUUGUAUAGCCACCCUUCAAUUCAGUAGCAUUAUUUUCGGGUCACUACCAAUUUGUAUUGUAUUAAAAUAAGAUGAUUGGAAGGAAAUGGUGCUAGAACUAAAAACACCUGUUACCAACCUUUACCCCACGCCCGGGUUGGCAAACAGCUGGCCCAAAUGCCAUCACCUACCACUCCCUCACCUGUGGCAGAUACUCUGCACUAACUGAGCCCACGUGUUCCUCUGGAUCCUUCUAAUCCCAGUGUCUAUUAACACCCUGAGAUUAGAGGCCAUCACUAUAUGACAGCCAUUCACCCUCCACGCCGUGCUCCCAGGGCUGUCCCCAGUUCCAGUCCCUUGAUUGCCAAGUACAACAUGGUGUUCUGUACUCAGUGGAUUUACAGGGAGUUGUCAAAACUAGUUGUUGUAAAACUUUUAUUUGAGAUUUUAUUUUAUCCAUUAUAGAACGCAUCUCAUUAGGUUUCUCUUUUCUGUGUAAGAAUGUGAACAGAUUCACAUUGAGGAUGUUUCUUUCCGGGUUCAUUUGCGUUUAAAGAAAAGUUUUAUUAAUUUAAUUGUUCUUCUUUGCUACUACCUGAUUACUUCAUAUCUGGGGAACAACAAUUUUUUUUUACCCUUUAAAAUUUGUCAGCCGUGAAUAGGGAGUUUCCAUUUGGGUGAUGAAAAAGUUCUGAACCAGAUAGUGGUGAUGUUUGCACAACAUACCUCUGAAUUGUAUGGCUUAAAAUGGUUAAAAUGAUAACUUUUAUGUGUUUCUUACAACCGAUUCUUAAUGUGUUGGCCAGUUUUGUGGUAUGUAAAUUACAUCUCAAUAAAGAAACAUAGCAAAAAUA